AUGAAUUGCCCUUCGCGUGCAGAUCCUGAUGCUGUCGCCAAUGGAUGGAACCAGAACCCUAAUCCUCUAGCUCUCGACACAAAUGCUGAUGGAAAUGGCAUUGUGAACCAGCGCCGCCGUCACAGAGAUGACCUGUCCACAGGGCUUACCAGUGAUCUAUCUGGCUCAAUCAAUCCUGCCUUGGAGUUGAUCCGCUUGGACUCAAAGGCGAAUAACACCAUCCAGGUUGCCAACCAGGCUGGGGGAAAUGUUUCCCCCAGUCUGGCAUCCAACGAUGGCCAUACUGGCAAUCGUGGUUGGCAUUAUUUCAAACACGUUACACAUUGCGCCCACACAAUCAGGAAAUUCGUCAAAUUUAUCGGGCCUGGUUUCAUGGUUGCCGUUGCAUAUAUCGAUCCUGGAAACUAUGCCACUGAUGCUUCUGCUGGUGCCUCUUUCCGUUUUCAACUUCUGUUUAUGGUCUUACUAUCCAACAUCAUUGCGAUAUAUCUGCAAUCUCUCUGCGUCAAGCUCGGCUCCGUCACCGGGCUCAAUUUGGCGGAGAAUAUCAAAGAACAUUGCCCGCGUUGGUUGAACUACACCCUUUACUUUUUCGCUGAAGCCGCUAUCAUCGCAACAGAUAUUGCUGAAGUCAUUGGAACUGCGAUUGCCCUGGAUAUGCUAGGCCACAUUCCUCUGGUCGCGGGCUGUGCCUUGUCUAUUCUAGAUGUUCUAGUACUUUUGCUAUUCUAUAAACCUUCCGGUUCUACCAUCGGAGUGCGGGCCUUUGAAUGUUUUGUUAUUCUCCUCGUACUCGCCGUCGCGGUUUGUUUUUGUGUGGAGUUAUCUUUGAUUCAUGUGCCUAAUGUCGGUGAGGUUUUCAAAGGUUUCUUACCAUCUUCCACCAUCGUUCAGUCUCAAGGUUUGGUCCAAGCCUGUGGUAUUUUGGGAGCCACUGUUAUGCCCCACAGUUUGUAUCUCGGUAGUGGUAUUGUCCAACCUCGUCUCCGAGAAUACGAUGAAGCACAUGGCAGUUUCAAUGCACCUCGAGACAAUGACAACGAUGUGAAAUACCGGCCAUCAGUGGCAGCGAUACGCUAUUGCCUUUCGUACUCGAUUGCCGAGCUGGUCCUUUCCUUAUUCACUGUUGCACUGUUUGUCAACAGUGCGAUCUUAAUUGUAUGCGGUGCUUCCCUCUACAACAUGGCUAGUGCCAAUUCCGCGUCUCUGUUUGGCAUUCAUGAUCUGCUCUCGAAUACGCUAGCUCCCGCUGCUGGCACUAUUUUUGCAUUGGGUCUGCUAUUUUCGGGAACUUCUGCUGGAAUUGUAUGUACUAUUGCCGGGCAAAUUGUCAGUGAGGGCCAACUCAACUGGACCGUUCGGCCAUGGAUCCGCAGACUGGUCACACGAUCAAUUUCUAUCACACCAAGCAUAAUUAUUGCUGCAGCAGUAGGCCAGAACGGUUUGACUCACGCGCUACAAGGUACCCAAGUUGCACUCAGCAUCAUCCUUCCGUUUACCAGUGCCCCUUUAAUUUGGUUGACCUGUCGCAAGGCAGUCAUGACUGUAUAUGAUCCUUCCAAUAUUACGGGCGUCAAUAUGCAGAACAAUCUGUUGACUGCUAUACUUGGCAGCUUGAUCUGGCUUCUGAUUGUGGUGUUGAAUGUGGCGUUGAUCGUUUUGACGGCCAUUGGCGUCAACUAG